AUGGGUGACUUUAAUGCAUUUACACCAACCAAAGCUAAAGCUAUAUUGACUGAAAUGAUAGAAGCAAUUAAUAUACCGGAAAAUGCAUCUAAACUGGAACAAGCUAAAACAAAUGCUGGAAACGACAUGAUCAAAAUGAUGCAAUUUGUUUUUCCAAUAAUGGUUCAAAUUCAAAUGGAAGUUAUUAAAAAAUAUGGUUUUCCCGAUGGCAGAGAUGGAAUGGUUCAGUUUUUACAACUUAUAAGGAAUAUUGAAAGAGAAAAUAAAGAAGUGGCUGAACUUCAUGGACAAAUAAAAACUCAUUUAAUGCCACCAGUAAAUUUAAAUACUGAGGCAUCGCUUUAA